GAUUCCUCUAACACUUCGUCUCGCCCGCCUCUCCUUCUCUCAUUGUUUCAUUCGUCUCUCAGCUCCACUGAUACGAAUGCUUACUGCUCGACAGCAAUGGCGAUCAAUACUCAUCCAACGUCAGCUCAAGGGCACAAAGCACUCCACUACAAUAUUAUAAGGGUUGUUCGAGAUGAGGACCUGGCAGAACAAAUUGGAAGGGAUAUAUAUUUUGACCUUGUUGAUCAUGACAAAGUUCGUAAAUUCCGUAUUCACGAACAAAUGCCCUUUAAUCUUUUCAAGGAGGAGGUUGCAAAAGAGUUUGGCAUACCUGUGCGGUUUCAGCGUUUCUGGAUUUGGGCCAAGAGACAAAACCACACCUGUCGCCCCCAUCGACCAUUGACACCUGGGGAAGAAUCACAAUCAGUUGGACAAUUGAUAGAGGUAUCAAAUAAAACACACAAUGCAGAGCUAAGGUUAUUUCUGGAAGUAGAGUUUGGGCCGGAUCUACGUCCUAUUCCUCCGCCUGUCAAAACUAAGGAAGAUAUCCUUCUUUUCUUUAAGCUUUAUGAGCCUGAGAAACAAGAACUACGUUUUGUUGGUAGGUUUUUCGUGAAGAGUUCUAGUAAACCAGCAGAGAUUUUAGGAAAAUUAAAUCAACUGGCUGGUUUUACCCCUGAUGAAGAAAUUGAACUUUAUGAGGAAAUAAAGUUUGAGCCCUGUAUCAUGUGCGAACACCUUGACAAGAAGACCUCAUUUCGAUUAAGUCAGAUUGAAGAUGGGGAUAUUAUUUGCUUUCAGAAGUCUACUCCUCUUGAUAGUGAAGAAGAAUGUAAAUAUACUGAUGUUCCUUCAUUUUUGGAAUACGUACACAAUCGCCAGCAGCAACAGCAAGAGGACGAAGAGAUGCUUGUGCCGCACUCGGAUUUGGUCGAAGGUCCUCAGCCAGUGGAAGUAGCCCAAGUGGAGCCAGCUUGUACAGUUGAUGGUCAACCAGUGGAGGAUCUUCCAACAAUGAAAUUCACUUGGACAAUUGAGAACUUUACUAGGUUGAACAUCAAGAAGCACUACUCUGACAUGUUCGUAGUGGGCGGCUAUAAAUGGCGGAUACUAAUAUUUCCCAUGGGAAACAAAGUGGACUACUUGUCAAUGUAUUUGGAUGUGGCAGAUUCCGGGACAUUGCCAUAUGGGUGGAGUACAUAUGCGCACUUCAGCUUGGCUGUAGUUAAUCAGAUCCAUACCAAGUACUCAAUAAGAAAGGACACUCUGCACCAAUUCAAUGCAAGAGAAAGUGACUGGGGAUUCACUUCAUUCAUGCCUCUUGUUGAACUUUAUGGCCCGAGCAGGGGAUAUCUGGUGAACGAUACAGUAGUGGUUGAAGCUGAGGUUGCUGUCCGUAAGGUUCUUGAUUACUGAUCAUAUGACUCGAAAAAGGAAACUGGUUAUGUUGGGCUCAAGAAUCAGGGUGAAAUUUGACGUCAUGCAGUAAACUAUAAAGUGAACUGUGAUAUUUGAUGAGGAUUGAUAUAUUCAUUUACGACUCAAAACUGGUAAGUUUCUAAAUGCACAUAAGGGCACGGAAAGUUUGUCAACAUCGAUCUUAUUCUACCCUAAUGUCAUUCUUAUUUGCAUUCA